AAACGACACAUCACUGUUCGAUCGCGUUGAGUGGGCGUGGCUUAGAAGGCGACGCUCCUGUGUUUGGACGUCGCAGGUUGUGAACUUUGUUUUUGUGUGCUUUACUUUUAUAGUCGAUAUGAACCGUAUUUUGUCCAGGCGGUUCCUUAGAUUAUCUAGGAUUCCUAGUGUUCAGCUUCACACUACUGGUGUAUUGAUGGCAGUUUCAGUGGAGGACUUUAACCAGGCCAAGGUUCAACUCGGAACACUAAAGAGUGACCCUGGUAAUGAGGUCAAACUCAAAAUCUAUGCCCUCUUUAAACAGGCCACACAGGGACCAUGUAACGCUCCGAAACCAGGAAUGCUGGACUUUGUGAACAAGGCGAAGUGGGACGCCUGGAAGUCUCUGGGAUCUUUGUCUCAGGAUGACGCCAGGCAGGAGUAUGUGAACCUCAUCUCGUCUCUGGUAGCUGCCGAAGGACCUCCCGUAGCAGCGGCUUCACCCACAGGAAGUGAAAAAGCCUUCCAGACACUUCUGGUCAGCACAGAGGACGGCAUCACAACCAUAAGACUCAACAGACCACAGAAGAAGAACGCCAUCACUGUGGAGAUGUAUAACGAGUUGAUUGAGGCUCUGGAUCUUGCUGGAAAAAAUGACUCGGUCAUUACGGUCCUCACAGGCAGCGGUGACUUCUACUGCAGUGGCAAUGAUCUGAACAACUUCACUAAAAUCCCAGAAGGUGGUGUUGAGAAGAUGGCUAAGGAUGCUGGAGAGCUGCUCAGGCGAUACGUGAAGGCCUACAUUGACUUCCCGAAGCCUCUGAUUGCUGUUGUAAACGGACCAGCCGUGGGAGUUUCUGUCACCGUCCUCGGCCUCUUUGACGUCGUGUACGCUACACAAAGUGCAACAUUUCACACCCCUUUCAGUAACCUGGGACAGAGUCCUGAGGGCUGCUCAUCAUACACCUUCCCUAAAAUGAUGGGAACUGCAAAGGCCAGUGAGAUGCUCUUGUUCAAUAAGAAGCUGACGGCCACACAGGCGUGUGAACUGGGAAUAGUGACUGAGGUUUUUCCUGACAGCAGCUUUCAGUCUGAGGUCUGGACCAGGCUAAAGGCCUACUCCAAACUACCCCCUAAUUCUCUGGCCCUGUCCAAGCAGUUGAUUCGUCAGCUGGACAAGGACAAACUCCACGCCGUGAACGACGCCGAGGUGGAGAGGCUGAUAGAGCGCUGGCUCUCUGAUGAGUGCAUGCAGGCCAUCAUGAACUUCUUCCAGGGCAAGGCCAAGCUGUAACGAGUUAUUUUAUCAAUUAAACAAAUGACAUUUUAAUUUUAUUUGAAAUUAAUACAAAUUUACUUUAAUACAAAUGAGGUAUUUUUUGCAGUGGAGUGCUGUAGAAAAUAUGACAUUUACUUUACCAAGGAAGCCUUUUUCCUCAGUACAGCAUAAACUAGGCAACCAUAAACUGCUUUUUUUCAGUGAAUACAUACGAGAACGUUCAUUCACUAUUAGCAUUAUUUGCUUAUUUUUUUCCCCUGCUGGGGGAAAAACUAUUCAGAAAGCUAGCAAAAGUCAAACUUAACUGACAUAGAAACAUUUUCUAAUAUGAUGUGGUUUGUUUUAUUUGGUCAGUAUCAGUAAACUGCUCACACAUAAACGUUUGACUGCAUUUUGUUUAAUAAUUUCUGAGAAUUUUGUUCAUUUUUUGCUACAAAGGCCUUAUGUCAGAAUAUUUUUCCACCAAAUGUUCAGAAUGAUUCUAAUACAGUUAGUGGUUUAUUACACAUCAUUAUUGGUGUAGUUGAAGUUCACUGACAUGUCGAACCUUUUCAGCUGUUUCUGACAGACAACCUUCUGUUGAUUAACCAUGUUUUAUAAAAUGUUUACUUCUGGAAAUAAAGUGAUUUAACGCAGUGGUAAUACA